ACCGCGUCCACUUCCCUUGCCGACCGAGACUCCUCCCUUCUUCUGUCUGUCCCUCCCUACCGGGUCAGCUCCAGAGCGUCUGCCUCCAGCUGAAGCGCUCCUCACCAUUAGACAAGCCUGACGUCAAGACUCCAAUGGCUAACGAAGCUAACCCUUGCCCGUGUGACAUUGGUCACAAGCUAGAGUAUGGUGGCAUGGGCCAUGAAGUUCAGGUGGAGCACAUCAAGGCAUAUGUCACCCGGUCCCCUGUGGAUGCAGGCAAAGCCGUGAUUGUCGUCCAGGAUAUAUAUGGCUGGCAGCUGCCCAACACCAGGUAUAUGGCUGACAUGAUUGCCGGAAAUGGAUACACAGCUAUUGUCCCAGACUUCUUUGUGGGUCAAGAGCCAUGGGACCCAGCUGCUGACUGGUCCGCCUUCCCUGAUUGGUUGAAAUCAAAAGAUGCCAGAAAAGUCAAUCGAGAGGUUGAUGCUGUCUUGAGGUAUCUGAGACAACAGUGUCACGCCCAGAAGAUUGGCAUUGUGGGCUUCUGCUGGGGGGGUGUUGUGGUGCACCAAGUGAUGAUGACAUACCCGGAAGUCAGGGCAGGGGUGUCUGUCUAUGGUAUCAUCAGAGAUUCAGAAGAUGUUUAUAAUUUGAAGAACCCAACACUGUUUAUUUUUGCAGAAAAUGAUGUUGUGAUCCCACUUGAGCAGGUUUCUACACUGACCCAGAAGCUUAAAGAGCACUGCAUAGUUAAUUAUCAAGUUAAGACAUUUUCUGGGCAAACUCAUGGCUUUGUGCAUCGGAAGAGAGAAGACUGCUCCCCUGCUGACAAGCCCUACAUUGAGGAGGCGAGGAGGAAUCUCAUUGAAUGGCUGAACAAGUACAUUUAACAUCACCCCAGCACAAGUCUCAAUAGUUCAACUUGCCUGAAUAAUUAACCAUCCCUUAUUUUACAAAAAAUACAGGGAUCCUAAAAUUCUUCUGAAACUACAGCAGGAUUUAAACGAUAGUAUAACUACUUAUCAGGGGAAUCUGGGGCCAUUCAGGGACCAGCUAGAUUCUCAGGUAUGGCCUUACAUUGCUAACUUAAGUAUAUUAUCUUCACACGAGCUGCCACUCUGUAUAUUCAACCUCCCCCACUGAAUCUCAAUGCCACACUGCAGUAUGAGCAGUGUUGACAUCCAUUCUCACAGCUUUAACUAUGCAACCUAAUAAAGUCAUGUUUAAAAAGUG